AUGGCAGCAGUAGCAAGUUCAUCAAUGAUGCUCACGUCUACAUCGGGCGGAUCAAGCUUACAUCAGGCAGUGGACCAAAUAACAAACGAAGUAUCAGCCGGCUUCAAUGUUCUCCAGCAUCGAGAUCGAUUCCAAGAGAAGGCUCUAAGGGAUGUAACCUUGAGCAGUAACGAUUCGGCUAUGAUGUUGGAUCCUAAUAAUCCCAUCUUGGUGAGGGAAGAGAUGGAAUCGCAGAAGGAAUACUUCCGACGACUGAAAUUUACGUACCUCGAACAAGAGGCGAAGAGACAUUUCUUAUCAUCUAUAAUUCUCGAGGAACCACCUACGGUAGAACAGGGAGAGAACGAAGAGCGAGAACGAAUCAAUGCGGAGAAAAAAGCGAUCCUCAAAGAGACUAAAUUGACUAUUGAAGAUAUGAGAAGUAUGACGGUCAAAUUGGCUGAGGAUAACGCUCAGAAGCACAAACAGGUUUCCACCACAUUAUCAGAGGCGCAAGUACUCCAAAAGCAGAUAAGGGAUAUGGAACUUGAGUUAGCGAGGAUAAAGGCUACUCAUCCACCUGAAAAUAGAAUGACGACUACGCAAGCCAAUGAAACUCUCGAUGCUCAAAUUGUCGAGAUGGAAAGACUGACAGAUGCAAUCUCGUCGACUCAGAGUCAAACUGAUAUUGCCAGAGAGGAAGUUGCCAAAGUUGCUAAAGAGGUCCAGCGUCUGAGUCGGGAUAGGGAAAGGGAAGAAGCUCGAGCGAAGGAAGUGCGAGAAGGUAGGGAAGCGGGAGAUACAAAGGUUGAUGAAAUCUGUAGAUGGUACUCAUCCUCGUUGUCUUUCUACCGUUCAUUGCUAGGCAUAAAAUCGGUCAAAGCUGUAUCGGACAAUGAACUGCAUAUGGAAUACGAUGUGCCCAAUGGACCAGUCACACUGGCUUUGAUCUUCGAUGAAGUCACUAAGAGAUUUGCAGAUGCGCGGCUCAUCGGUAGCGACUUAGACAUUUCGGAAUCAGUGGGUAUAGCAGCUGGAUCCAACGAUGUCCCUGGAUUGGUAGCGGAUGUUUUGGUUAGGUUGAGACCCGCCUAA